AUGCGUUUCUCAAUCGUAGUCGCCACCUUCUUCGCCAGUGUCGCUCUCGCAAUGCCAGACCCUCUCCCACAAGGCUACACCGGCCCCUGCGCACGGGAUAACUGUGGUGUCAACGGAUUGAACUGUGGACGUCGCCUUUGUGUGGGAUGGCCCAACACCGACCCUGCUCUGAGGAAGGGCUGCACAUGCACCACUGCCUAA